CUCUCUCCGCUCCCUCUCCACUCGGAUCAGCCUGGCCAGUGCCAUAUUCCGCUCCUCGCGCCGCCGCUCCCCGUUAUGCGCCGUCCGGCCUGAAGGCCACGCCCGUGUACUCCCUACACCUCUCUGCCUGUCGUGCAGCCCUGCGACCCGCUCCCUCGCGCCUCGACAUGCCAUAAUGCUCCCCGCCUCGUCACAUCCCUCUCGUCGAGUGAGCCUCUCCCGGCCCCGUGUGCUGUAAUCGAGAAUGAAAACGGUCCCAACGCUGUGUGCAACUGCCACUGUCGUUGGUACUUCUGCCCUUGGCCUGGCCUUCGCCCGCGAAGACGACUCCCCUUCUUCCGCAAACAAGGGGAGGCUUCCCCCUCCCCCGGAACCCGAUCAUCGAAUGUCUGCUGCUGUCCACGCUUCCCUCACCACGCCUGCUCCCCUUCACUCCCCCUCUUCUCCCACCUCCUUGGCCGCCUUCAACCAUUCCGCCUCCCGAUGCGACCCCGAUGAACAGCUGCGACGGGGCCUGAUUCCGAAAGAGAGUGCUUCCCUACAGCGGCGACACACACUGGUGAAUAACUCCACGGGUCCGAGUGAACAUGAGGUAGUGGACGAUAUCGAGGCCCUAGCCGACAUCGCAGCGAGGAGACCAUCGUGGAUCAAGCGACUCUCCGUCUCCGCAUCUCAUAGUUCAAGCAGGAAUUCCAGUCCUGGUCCCUUAUCUCCCUCCGUCUCCUGCUCGAAUGGUUCUAUGGCCUUUUCGCACGACGGCUCCACUGCACCCAUAAUCGGGAAGCGGCCGCCUUCACCACUCCCUCCGAACAAACUAGUCAAACGAUCUUCGUCCGUGCUCAUUUCCCGAGAUUCGCCUUCACAAGGCUCUGGAUCUCGUCGUCCCUCUUUUCGUCGCCCAGCUACCAGCCACCAGCGAUCGGCCACCUUGCAGCACCAGUCCGCGUUGGAGAUCAUGGCCGAGGACCGCCCUACCCACGAUCUGCCCCUCUGCUCCAAGGCCGAGCAUGACGUGCAGUACACUCAAUUCUUCACUACCAAGGUUGCUGGGACGAAGACCUUGUCUAAGAAACGAGCCUUCAUGCCAGAGCCCAACAGUUUCAAGAGAAUAUUUCCGGAUGGUCAACACAAGCCUACACUUGUGCUCGCCAAAUCCGUCACUGCGGCUACCGAAGAGGUGGACGACUCGUCGAGCGACGACGCCGAUAGUGUUUAUUUCGUGAGUAGGCCCGGCACUCCGCUGAGUAUCGCUGCCAUCAUUGGCACUACAUCAGAUCCUCGUAACAAAACAGCUCCCGAGCCAAUCCUUGAUGGCCUACCGUCUCCAGCCACAGGUGAUGCGUCUCGGAGCAGGCGCUCGUUUUCCAUCUCCGAUAUCCUGCCACCGGGGAUCAAGGCAAAGAGACAGCGGACAGCCAAGCUACCCGGCGCGAAACUUACACGUAGGGCAAGUCAUAGGGCAACUUCUGCUCCCCUUUCUACCGUGGACGCCCCGCAAAAUCGAACUUUGCACGGCGAGUCUGUUGCUGCAUCCAGUGACGCAAAGUUGACUGAGCCCUGCCUGGGCCCACCUGACGUUGAGCUCGCGAGGGAGGGAGGUUUGCGGAAGGGGGAGCACAAUAACGCCCCUCGGUCCUCUGAAGUUGGAGUUGGCGCAUUGCCGCGUGCCCGUGCCGCUACGAUCGCAGAAUGCGAACCGGCGUCAAUGCAUCAAAGCACCAUCAAGGCUACAUCCUUGACGGCCACCAAUCACAACCCUCCCUCUCCGACGUUAGCUCAAGCAGCAGGGCGACCAUCUCGCAACUCGACUGCUCCGUCUGAGCAUGCCUCCACCUUAGUUGGAUCGGAUAACGACGCGCGUGGUGUGGGAUACGGAGAAGAGUCUGACGCGGACCUUCAAAGUGAGACUGUUUUUGAUUCAUUACGCACCGGGGCAACAAGAAGUACAUCAGGCGCACGCGGCCCACGAAUCGAGACCAUCUUUGAUGAGUCGCCUCCGUCCAAAGUUAGGGUCACUGCACUCCGGGACCUACUCCCCAAGGGAACAUUUCGGGAGCAGGCUGCGGAUGGUAUCGCCGGGCAGCAGAGCAUUGCGGAGGAGGAGGAAAGCAUCACAACACCAACACCCGUGCGAACGACAGCCCCCGAACAAUCGACCAAUGGUUCGCCAAGUCUUUCCCGAGGGAACCGUCGCCCGGUGUUUCCUACCCUAAUACCGUCGUCCCCCCCAGAUAUGCCUAAACCUCUGUCCUUGGGCACACUCGAAUGGGACGCUACGCCAGACGAUGAUGGCAGCAGCAGAUGGUCCCUGGAAGAGGAGGAGGAUGGCACAUCCUGGGCUGAUUCUCCUACUUUUCCGCCAGCCACAUUGCCUACUACGCCAGUCCUUACCGAACGCCACAGCUGUCGGCUGGUAUCCAAUGGCUCCGGACCGCGGCCUUCCAGCCUACGCUACAGUGGUGCAGAUCAUGGAGAUAGGGAUGCUCGAAGCAGUAUAUUUGAUUGGUCCGAACAGCAACCCACUGAUAGAAGCUCGGGCAAUCGUUCGCCGCCACGUCCGCGCACUGUGCACGGCAAGAAGGACGCUGACGGUAGAGGGAGCCGCUCAAUGGGUCGUCGAGCGCCCAGCGGGCUGCACGCUCGCAGUCAGAGCGUGCCCGUGGUUCCGGACGCCUCGGGCAAACGUAGCACCGUUGUCACCAAUAAGUUUGGUACCUGGGGUGUCGGAAGCAAAGGUGUGACGGAGGACUGGAAUGACGAUUUUGAUUUCUCCGAGAUCAAUGAGGACCCUGCGUCCGAGGAUGCGAAACAAUCGCACAGAGUCGACAGUGGUGCAGCCAUGGUUGUUCCUAAGACGAUUCAAGACCAGCAAACCAACGUGUUGGCCAACAUUGGCCUAUUACGCGAAUGGGGUCUGCUAAUCGAAGAGCUCAAGGAGCAUCGGAUCCGGGCGGCAAACUUGGGCUUGCUGCAAGGCCCAACUUCUGGAAUGUGGGAAGAGGUGGAUGCCAUGAUUGACCUUGCGGACCAAGAGGCGGAACAGGAUGAGGUUCCUCGCUUAUCACCACCGUCCACGCCCGGUUUCGACGAAGCCGCCUUCGAUGACGUGGCGGACCCUAGCCCCAAUCAUGGACGCGAGCGACGGACAUCUGGCGAGUUAGCGAGGGAGUCACUUGGCGCCCAUAACGACACGCCUGCCCAGCCUGACCGCCCGAGGCGCAAGUCCAUCCUGCCAUCGAACCACGACAUCUUCGGACCACAGUCGUCUCCUGUGCCUGCCAAACCGGGUUUCGGUACGCCUCAGCCUACUUCGUCGUACAUGACGGUAGUCACACGGCCGCGCAAGGAUUCAGAGGCAAAGGCGCGGUCAGUCAUCGAAGCUCUGCAGCGGAGAAAGAGUGUACAAGAGUCCGAGUCCGACUUUGACACUGGACCACCUUCAAAGAAAGUGCCUUUCGAUACGGCAACACUUCGCCGCAUCGUCCCGUACGUAAGCACCUUGACACGCAAGGUCAAGGAUGCACUUAGAGAGGCUGAGGGCCUAUACUCGAGUCCAAGCACCAGUCCGAGGGAGCCGCGCUUCAGCAAACUGUUUCAGGCGGAAAGUGACUUGGCCAGUCAGGUCAAAGUAAUGACGAUCAGAUGAACUUGAUCCACCAAAACAAACGUUCUUGAUAGCGUUCUAGCGACCGAUACCGAUACACUCAAGUUUUCCUUGCUUUUUUCUUUUCCCCUUCCUGCAUACGGCGCGGAUUCUAUUGCCUUUGUACCCAUCGAUGGUGCGCACACACCGCGUCUUUUUUUGUCUUCCUUCUCGAGCGAUACCAGCAACAGUUC